UCCAAUUCUUAUCGAUAUAGUAAAAGUGACGAUCAAAUACAACUAUCUAUACAUUUUGCAGUGCGUUGCUAAGUGUUUUUAUCAAUUUUAUUUAAAAAAUAAUGGACAAGAUGAUUGUAGAUCCAGCCAAGUCGAUUCCUGCAUUUUACGCUGGACAAAGUAUACUUUUAACUGGUGCAACAGGAUUUCUGGGUAAAAUUUUUAUCGAAAAAAUAUUACGAUCUUGUCCAGAUGUUCGAGAAAUAUUUUUGUUAACGCGACCAAAGAAAGGAUUAAGUAUUAAAGAAAGGCUCGAUAAAAUAUUAAACCUACCAUUAUUUGAAAAAUUACGCAAAGAGCGACCUUCGAAUUUUGAGAAAUUAAUUCCAAUUUCUGGUAAUGUCAGUGAGAAAGGAUUGGGUUUGUCGGCUACGGACAGGCAAAUGCUGGUUGAAAGAGUGACCAUAAUAAUUCAUGCAGCCGCGAGUGUGAAAUUCAAUAACAGUUUAAAGUGCGCCAUAUUUGCCAAUACCAGAGCAACAAGAGACAUCUGUAUUUUAGCACAAAAUAUGAAGAAUUUAAUCGCAUUAAUAUACGUUAGUACAGCAUUUGCACAUGUGAAUGAACCAGUCAUGGAUGAAAAAAUAUACUUGCCAAUAGCUGAUUGGCAAAAGAUAAUUGAAAUAGUCGAAACUUUGGAUGAGCAUACUUUAAACAUUUUUACUGCUAAGUGUUUGGACUAUGCACCCAAUACGUAUAUUUUUUCAAAAAACUUAGCGGAAAAAGUAAUACAUAAUUAUUCUUCCUCCUUGCCUUGUGCGAUUAUAAGACCUUCCAUUGUAACGACAACGUUUCAAGAACCUAUCCCAGGAUGGUUAGAUAACGUUUAUGGUCCAAUAGGACUUUUAAUUGCCGCUGGAAAAGGGAUACUACAAGUAGCAUGUAUGAAUGAAGAUAUUAAUGAAGAUGCAGUACCAGUAGACAUUCUCAUCAAAAUUUUAAUAGUCGUAACUUGGAAGAUAGGAUUAACCACGUAUGAUCACAGCAUUAUAGAUUCCACACUUUUAGUUGUAAAUUGCACAAGUUUUAAAAACUGUACCCAUCAACAUUCUUCAAAUAUCUUUAAUAAUCUUAUAAAGGAUGAACCUUUCGAAGGUACUGUCUGGACACCUGGUGCAAUAGUGACUCAAAAUUUUGUUCUAUUCUAUAUACUAACAAUAUUAUUACAUAUUCUACCAGCUAUAUUAAUAGAUCUGAUUUUAAAAUGCAUCGGACGUCAACCAAUGUUAGUACGACUCCAGAGAGCAAUAUAUGUGGCCAAUUGUGCUCUAUGUUAUUUUUCGUUCCAUCAUUGGAAAUACAACAAUGCCAAUAGGUUGACUCUGAUGUCUUUAGUACCACAUGACGAUAUUGAUUCAUUUUCUUUUGACAUUUCCAAUAUAGAUAUUAAAACGUAUUGCAAAAAUAGUAUAAUUGGUGCCAAAAAGUAUCUUCUUCACGAAGACAUGAAUCAAUUAGAUGCAGUCAAAGCACAUAAUAAAAGAGUGUAUCUGUUCGUUAGAAUGAUAAAAACUAUUACAUUUAUUGGAGUACUGUGGAUAAUAUAUAAGUGGAUCUUUUCCGGUACAUUAUAAAAUUGCUGACUUAGACCAUAUCCAUAUUUAUUAAAUUAUAUU